GCCCCUUUUAUUAUGAAACCAAAGCACACAUAAAGAAAUCGGUCAACCUCAUCUCUUAGUCCCAACCUGUGUAUCAAUGAGAGAUAUCUUUUUUCUGCUGCCUCCUCUACAACUUUUCCUAUAAAUAGUGCUCCUCUUUUGGCUUCUCAGCUCGUGAACAAUCUUAGAAGCUCAGCACGGUUCGCAGGCAUCACACAAACAUCUUCUCUCCUAGAGGACCCUUUCAACCUUGGCAUUCCCUCACCUUCUCUUAAUGGCUCCUUCUCGUUUUCUCAUUGCUUCCCUCCUCCUACUUCUGUUUGCGUUUUAUCUCGCGGAGCCGCGUCUGGUGUCUGAAUCUGAAAUGUUGGCGAGCGAAGGGUCGGGAAGGUCUCUUCUCUCUAACGUUUCCAUAAACUGUGGAGAGGCAUGUUCAGCGAGGUGCCGGCUGUCGUCGAGGCCUAACCUUUGCAAGAGGGCUUGUGGGACUUGCUGCUCGAGGUGCAACUGUGUUCCUCCUGGCACCUAUGGCAACUAUGAGACUUGCCCUUGCUAUGCUGCCUUGACCACCCAUGGUGGCGCGCGCAAAUGCCCUUGAGAUGAUGGCUUGGGUUGGUGGCUUGCCCUUGUGGUAGCGCUUAUAGUAAUUACGUAAUCAGGAACGGCGUUUUUACGUGGAAUAAAAGGUUGUAACAUAGUUUCGGAAUAUAUAUAUAAUAAGAAGGUGGAGCGGCAUUUGGGGUUGGAGUGCCACCCCUGAGUGCUACCAUAGUAUGUAAUCUCUGUGUACCUCUACUUGUAUAAUGAAAAUUCUCAAUUUAGCAUUCUAGUUUUUC